UCAACCACUCCCAGUCAAAUUGUAAAGCUCGUGUUGCCCGAGAACUGGGGUCCCCAGCCGCGACGGUUGCAUCACCGGAAGUUUCGGGAUGCAGGGCGGCAAGAAGGGCCGGGGCCCGAAGGCGGAGCAGUGGAAGGCCGCUCGCCCUCCACCAGACCCCAACAAGGAGCGGCUGCUGUACAUGUUGACCUGCCUCCAUGGGCACACGGUCACAGUGAAGCUGAAGAACCAGCAGAUCUGGGAGGGCACCUUCCACGCCUGCUCCAGCGAAGGUGACAUCGCCAUCACCCUGAAGUCUGCGAGACAAGUUCCCACUGGACGUGGGAAGAGUGGGGAGGUGGUAGAGACCAUGGUGAUCGAAGGGAAGGACUUCAUGCAGGUCUCUGCGCAGAACGUGCCGCCCGCAGAGCCGAAGUCCAACUCCUUCAAGACUGAUGGCGAGAUAGCCGAGUCCUGGGGCGAGGGCCGAAGCCGGGAGCUGGUGGCGUGGACCGACCGCCAGGCCGCGGCGCCCGCUGGAGUGAACCUCCAGCUGGAGUCGAGUCGACAGAUCGGGACUUGGAACCAGUUUGAAAUCAACGAGACGCAGUUCGGCGUCAAGAGCACCUACUCCGAGGAUUUGUACACUACCAAGCUGGACCCCAGCAAGAUCCCGGAGCAGAGGCGGAAAGAUGCCGACCGCAUCGCCCGCGAGAUUGAGAGCGGGCAGAAUUACAGCAGAAUAGAAGAGGGCGUGGCCGACGAUGUGGACGAGGAGGCGCAGUUUAGUGCCGUGGCGUCCCACUCUCGGGCGAGCGGUGCCGAGCCAAUCCCCGCGCCCUUGACGAUGGAGAACGUCUCCCAGCACGACGCCGCGUCGGCGGAGUUGCACCACGGGGACGGCUUCGCCCGAGAGCACCGGGCCAAGCGCUACAUGAUCACCGCGCACUCCUCGGGGCGUACUCCUCAGCUCUCCGAGAUGAAGAGCAUCAACGCCUUGAAUUUGGAGCCGGCCCUGCCCAAGUUCGACGACAAGACGCGAUCGGACUGGAUCAACUUCAAGCAGUCGCGGGCCCGGCAGGGCCAGCCGCCCACCACCCGGGAUGAGCUGCACCAGUCCUUGCAGGCCUUUCAGCAGAAAGAGGGCGGUGGCAAGAAGCCAUCGUCGGAUGCCGGGCAGUCGAAUCCUACCGGAGCCCACGCCGAUAACGCCUCGGCGGACGCGGAGAUGUCCGCUUCUUCAAGCGGGCCCACUGUGAAUUCCAAGAACGGCGAAGGCUCGAAGUUCUCCUUCAACCCUUCUGCAAAGGAGUUCUCCUUUAACCCGCAGGCGGCCACCUUCACCCCGACUUCGUCCUCAGCGGCCGGGCGGACCGGCGACAAGGUGGCGCUGCCCGGCCCGGCCUCCGCGAGCGCGGGCGGCGCAGGCGGCGGAGGCGGAGGAACUGCAGCAGCAGCCGCAGCAGUAGCACCUAAGCGAGAAGGUGAGAAAGCAAUGGCGCCAGGGCCCGUGCACAAUGCGCGGCCUGCGACCCGUUCCUUCGCCGAGUUCCUGAAGCCCGCCAAGCCGGGUGGGCGCCGCCCGGCCAGCCUGGAGGACUUGCUCUCGAGGCUCUACAAGACCUGCGAAAGCACCAAGCCGCAGAACUGCGCGCCCACCUGGGAAGCCACGGGGCCAUCCUACAAAGAGAUCCUGGGACAGCCCACGCCAAACCAGCCAGGAAGCGCGCAUCUCCUGCAGCAGGUGCAAUCCCAGAGCCAGCAGCAGCAUCAGCAGCAGCAGGCUCAACAGCAGGCCCAGCAGCAGCAGCAGGCGGCGCAGCAGGCGGCUCAGCAGCAGGCGCAGCAGGCGCAGGCGCAGCAGCAGCAGGCGCAGCAGGCGCAGGCGCAGCAGCAGCAGGCCCAGCAGCAGCAGCAGCAGCAGCAGCAGCAGAUGGGCAUGCACAUGAUGCAACCAUCGGGAGCCUGCGGGCAGAUGGGCGGGGGCUUCAUCAUGGCCAUGCCAGGGUGCGGCGGUAAUAGCCAGCAGAUGCUGCCGCAGCAGAUGUUUCAGCAGAUGCCCGGAGGAGGGGCUGGGCGCGGCAACAACUCCCAGGGCAUGCAAUCGCAGCCGCAGAUGCAGAUGGGCCAACAGGGGGGCCAGGGGCAGAUGGGCUGCACCCCGAUGAUGGGCGGCCAAUUUAUGGCCAUGCCCGGGAACAUGGGCGGCCAGGGGAACGUGGGCAUGGCUGGGAUGGGUGCCAUGCCCAAGUUCGGAGCGCAGAUGGUGCCCAUGAUGGCCUCCGUGCAGGGGCAGUUCCCGCAAGGCUUCAUGCCGCAGGGCAUGCAGGGCAACGUGCAGGGCAUGCAGCCUGGCAUGCAGGGCGGCCAAGAGGGGAUGAUGCAGAUGCAGAAUCAGAUGAUGCAACAGGGUCCAAUGCAGGGCUGCGGGUACCGCGGCCCCGGCGAGUAGCGACUCGCCGCCCUUUGGAAGAGACAGGCGAGCGAGCGCUGUGGCGGGUGCGCGUUAGACGGGGCGCCUGAGCCGUUCGGCUGAAUCCGCGCGGCACAUAAUCGGGCGCGGAAGCGCGCACAUUCGUCGGCGCUCCAAUGGCAGUGUCAAGUGCUUCCAAUCCUGAGAAUUCAAGGAUUGGAGAACCACAAUCUGA